AUGUUCAGAUAUCAAAAGCUGGAACUUCAGCUUAGAGACGAGAAUGGAGAUUCGCUGGGAAGCUGUGACGUCAGCCCGGAGAAUAUGGUGUUAGACUUUGUUGCCGCUUCGGCCGCGUUUUUGAAGGAGUUGGCAAAGGAGCCUGAUCAGCGCAAGAAAGACUUGGCCGAAGUUGACGAAGGUGUUCACAUCGAUGACCGCGACUCUGUUCUGGGCUCACAGACGCAGGAUACUGCUGCUGACCUCCCUGAGCCGGAUAAUGGACUCCAGACUCCGUCAUGGGAGACAUUCAGGAAGUCCAGCAUCCCGCCGUGUGUCAAAGACGUCAGCUUCACUGUAAGCGAAGAAGAUCUGACAACAGAGUUGCGCCAACGGUUACAAGACGACUACCCCGGCGUCACUAUAGUAACACCCAAAACCAAAGCCGAAGAGGACAGAGCUCGUGAGGCUCAUGCGACAGAGAAGCCCAGAGGAGUCAAGCAAAUGAUCAUCGAGGUUGAAGAGACUGAAAUUAGCGAGAAUCCUGAGCUGGAAAGCAGUCUCCGAAAGACAUACCCGUGGGCGCUGAUGGAAUUGAAGUCCGGCCCAAAUAUAUCCAGAAAGCGCGCAAGGCGGAUGACGGAUAGCGACGCCGCGACGCCAUUUAGACCAGACCCUGUCAAGCACAUCGAAGACUUUGCCGCAUACGUCUUGGACCCGCCCUCCGAUGAUGAAUUCGGUUAUCACUAUCCAAUUUCGGUCACACUUGCCAAAACUGCCGGCUCAGGCAUCAACAUUGCGACCUUCCCGCCGCCGUAA